UCCCUCUGUGACAGAAAGCGAACUCAACCAUUGCACGAAAACACACACGUUUGGCGUGAUACAGAGGACGUCGUCGUUUUAAGAAUCGUAACUACAUCUUCAGUGCUUCACACGCAACGACUUAAUGUCAUGGUGAGGAGGAAGGAGUGAUAAAGAAACUACUAAAUCAGUGGCGUAUACUGAAAACGACAACGAAAUGGAGUGCGUUGCAGCGAGAAACUUGGCGGCAAUGGCGUUUUGCGUGAGUCCUUCGUCGAGGUUGAGGUUGCGGAAGAAGAUGUGGAGAAGAAGAACCGCGUCUGGCGGCCACGGCGUUCGGUGGCGCUCGCGGUUGCUGAAGGUGGAGGCGAAGGCAGGGAGCGAGAGUUGCGUGGCGACCAAAGAAGACUUCGCCGAUGAGGACGAUUACGUGAAGGCCGGAGGCUCCGAACUUGUUUUCGUACAAAUGCAACAGAACAAAGCCAUGGAAAUGCAAUCCAAGAUCGUGGAUAAGUUGCGCCCCAUAGGAGAUGAUAUACUAGAUCUAGUUGUGAUUGGUUGUGGUCCGGCUGGUCUUGCUCUGGCUGCUGAAUCAGCCAAGUUGGGACUAAAAGUUGGGCUUAUUGGCCCGGAUCUUCCUUUUACAAAUAAUUAUGGUGUGUGGGAGGACGAAUUUAGAGGUCUCGGACUUGAAGGUUGCAUUGAACAUGUUUGGAAGGAUACCGUUGUCUAUCUCGACAAUGAGGAUCCCGUUUUCAUUGGACGUUCCUAUGGACGUGUCAGUCGGCAUCUGCUUCAUGAGGAAUUGUUAAGCAGGUGUGUCGAGUCAGGUGUCACAUAUCUUAGCUCAAGAGUAGAAAAUAUUAUUGAGGCGAGCAAUGGUCACAGUCAUGUCGUCUGUGAAUAUGAUAUUGUAGUGCCCAGCAGGCUUGUUACUGUUGCAUCAGGAGCUGCUUCGGGGAAACUGUUGCAAUAUGAGGUCGGGGGUCCAAAGGUUUCUGUUCAAACAGCUUAUGGUGUGGAAGUUGAGGUGGAAAACAAUCCUUAUGAUCCAAAUGUGAUGGUUUUCAUGGAUUACAGAGACUACAUGAAGCAAAAUGUUCAAGGUCUAGAAGCAAAUUAUCCAACAUUUCUAUAUGCAAUGCCCAUGUCCAGUACAAGAGUGUUUUUUGAGGAAACCUGUUUAGCGUCAAAAGAUGCGAUGCCUUUUGAUUUACUAAAGAAGAAGCUCUUUUCAAGAUUAAAUUCAAUGGGGAUCAGAAUCACUAAAACUUACGAAGAGGAAUGGUCUUAUAUACCUGUUGGCGGAUCCUUACCAAACACAGAACAAAAGAACCUUGCAUUUGGUGCAGCUGCCAGCAUGGUGCAUCCAGCCACAGGGUACUCCGUUGUGAGAUCUUUGUCAGAAGCUCCAAAAUAUGCUUCAGUAAUUUCUAAUAUUUUGAAAGAUGGCCAUGCCAAGGACAAUAUUACCCAAGAAAGAAGAAAGGAGAAUUUGUCUAUGCAAGCUUGGAAUACACUUUGGCCACAAGAAAGGAAAAGGCAGAGGGCAUUCUUUCUUUUUGGAUUAGCUCUAAUUGUGCAGCUGGACAUUGGGGGAAUUCGAACAUUCUUUCGUACUUUCUUCUGCCUACCUGAUUGGUAUGACUUAUUUUCUCUCAUGUACAUGGUAGAUAUCUUGGAAUUUGCUUUAUAAUGUUUUCCAAAUAUUAUAUAACAUGGAUCUAGUGGUAACUUCAUAGUGAAUGAUAUGAUGGACCUAACAAACUUAACUAUGAUAGACUUUAAUAUCAUGCUACAGCGCAAAGAAUCCACAGCGUCCAAUAUUCUUCAGGUAGAUCAUAUAUAUGGAGCUACACUUGAGUUCUCAUGUUUCUUUGCAAUUUUGGAUCAAAACUAAGAGUCCUAAGAGAAAGCCUGAGAAACCUAGGUUGAAGAUUCCAAGAACCAACAAAAACUUUAUGAAAAUCCUUUUGUUAUACUGAACCUUCGACACCUAUGAUGGAGAAAAAUAUUUACGGGCUUUUCAGAAUGUAGGCAAACAAGGACACUAUAUUUGAAACGGUGGAGAAGUUACAUUUUGGUUACGGAAUAAGUUAUUAGAAAAGAUGGAAUAAUUACUUCCACGUGCUAUGUAUUUAAGGACAUGAAUUUUUAUUUCAGUCAUAAGCUACAAAGCUACGCACUAGAUAUGAGGACCUAAAAUAUCUUUUAUUGUAUACUUUUCAGAAUUGUGAACGAAAAAAAUAUUAAUGAGGAAGGAUAAUGGAAAAUUAGUUUAACCGGACAAUACACUUACUACGAUAUGAUGGAAAGACCUAUGAUAGAAGUAGUUAUGGCGGCAAUGAUGAUAGUUUACUAUUAGAAUUUGGAUUUGAACUCAAUUCAAUCUUACAAAAUCACUUGUUAUAUACGAUUUGUACUUUAGCUAUAUUUUUACAUGAUGUAGGAUUUUUAAAACCCCACCUUCGAGCAAAGGUUUGAACAUCUUGUAGGUUAAAUAUUUGUGAAUGAUCUAGUAGCAAUUUGAUAGUA